AUGUCUUUUGUGAUUUCGGACGUCCAAAUAUUUGACGGAGAGGCAGUCGUAACCAAGAACGGUGCAGUCCUGGUCGAGGAUGGCCUCAUCAAGGCCAUCGGCGAGGAUCUGGCGGCACGGUAUCCGCACCUUGAGACCAUCUCCAAGCCGGGCCAUACUCUGUUGCCGGGCUUGAUCGACGCGCACUGCCAUCCUUACGGCGAAUCAUCGCUCCCGGAGCAGGCCUUCCGUUUUGGGAUCACCACCAUUAUGGACCUGCAGAAUGAGCAUCACCAGGCGGUCCGACAAAAGCAGUGGGCCAAGGAGAGGAAAGACUUUCCCGAUGUCAAGAGCAGCCACCAUGCCGCAACCAUUGCUGGUGGGUGGCCAGAGUGGUUUGAGAGGAGAUACAACAAUAACCCCGAAGCAAAAUGGGACAACUGGCCAAACGUGGCCAACAUCGACGAUGCAGAGCCUUUCAUCGAGCGAGCAGUCAGGGACGGAGCUGACUACAUCAAGCUCUUCCACGAAGGGGGCGCUGCAACCGACAUCCAAGGUCUCGUGCAGCCACGGGAAGAAGUCCAGGCAGCUGUUGUCGCCGCCGCGCGUAGACAAAGCCUGAAAGUGAUUGCCCACGCACUCGCCCGGCAAGAUACGAUCGAGGUGCUGCGAGCUGGAGUAGACGGCAUGGCACAUUCCUUCUAUGACAAGCCCAUCAACCCCGAGAUCAUCGCGGCUUAUAAGACGAACAACGCCUGGCUGAAUCCCACUUUGGCGGCGGUCGGAUCGCUAACGGGAGAGGCGAAUGACUUGCUUAAGUCUUUUUCCACGGACCCUCGUGUUGUAUCUCGAACUACUUUGCACGACAUGUCUCUUCUGAGCAGAUGUAUGCACAUGAGCUGUAAAGGAGCCAAAUGGGAAUACGCCAUCGACAGUGUCCGCCAGCUCAAGGCAGCAGGCUUCGAUAUCAUUUGUGGCUCCGACGCAGCAAGAGGCGCGCCUUCGGUCGUUUUCGGCGCUACAUUCCAUCUUGAGCUCCAUCUGCUGGUGGAAAAAGCGGGCCUACUCCCCGUCGAGGCUUUGAGGGCCGCUACAGGCGUGACUGCAAAACGCUUUGGAUGGAAUGACCGCGGUAGGAUCCAGCCGGGUCUGAAGGCCGACUUGUUGCUUGUAGAGGGGGACCCGGUCACUGAUAUUACAGAACUUCUCAAUAUUCGAGAGAUUUGGAGGGAUGGAGUGAGGUUUGAAGGACAUCCGGGUUUCGCGAAAUGA